AUGACGGAGCUGCCAGAGUCUGAGGUUGAUGUUCUCAUCAUCGGGGCUGGCCCUGCCGGGCUGAUGUUGGCGCUGUGGUUGGCGAGACUGGGCGUCAAGGCGCGCAUCGUGGACAAGCGGACGGCCAAGAUCUACUCUGGCCAGGCAGAUGGCUUUCAAGUGAGGUCUCUCGAGAUCUUGGACAGCUUCGGUGUCGCAGAGCGCGUCUGGAAAGAAGCGAACCGCAUGCUAGAGGUCUGCUUCUGGAAUAAUGAUGAAAAUGGAAGAAUCUGCCGCAGCGCCCAAGCAGUCAACACUAUUCCAGGUCUCUCUCGCUUCACCGAGUCUGUUCUUCACCAGGGCCGUAUAGAGCAGUUCUUCCUCGAUGGAAUUCGAGAAUCGUACGCCUCAGAUGAGGAAGCGCUGCGCGUAGAGCGCAUGGUCAUUCCCACAUCGCUGGAGAUUGACGAGAGCAAGGCCGAAGACCCGGAUGCGCAUCCUGUGACCGUCACGCUGCGGCACUUGACCGAGGAGGAGGCGACGCCAACACAGAUGCUGAGUAACCUCAGCGAUGGCAUCUUCAGGAGCAAUCUUGCGGACGACGAUGUGGGCGACAUUUUGGCCAAAUCAAAGAGUCGCGAGGCAAGGGAUGAGAUUGUGAGGGCAAAGUAUGUUGUCGGCUGCGAUGGCGCCCACUCGUGGACUAGGAAGACUCUGGGCAAAGACUUUGAGAUGAAGGGCGAGACGACAGAUGCUAUUUGGGGCGUUAUGGACAUCGUACCUAUCACAGAUUUUCCUGAUAUCAGAUUCCGAACGAUGAUCCACAGCACCUCUGGCGCCCUCAUGAUUAUUCCCCGCGAGAACCGAAUGGUACGACUGUACAUCCAGCUGAAGGAGGUCUCUGCAGGCGGUGGUCGGGUCGACAGGUCUCAGAUCACUCCUGAUUUCAUCUUCAGAUCCGCUCAGAAGAUCUUCAGCCCAUACAAGCUGGAGUACCACUACUGCGAUUGGUGGACGGCCUACCAGAUCGGCCAACGAACGGGUGAUUACUUCAGCAAGCUUAACCGCGUUUUCCUCGCCGGAGACGCCGUUCACACUCACUCUCCAAAGGCUGGCCAGGGUAUGAACAUUUCCAUGCAAGACAGCUACAACCUUGGCUGGAAGAUUGGUCUUGUCUGCAAGAACAUCAUCCCCCGUGAGAUCCUGUCGUCGUAUGAGCUUGAGCGCAAGAAGAUUGCAAAGGACCUUAUCGCCUUUGAUGGCAAGUUCUCGAAGCUGUUCACUGGUCGACCGGCGAAGGACAUUAUGGAUGAGACGGGUGUUUCUUCUGAGGAAUUCCAGAAGGCUUUCCACACUAGCAGGAUGUUCACCACUGGCGUCGGCAUCAACUAUCAACCGACCGUCCUCGUUGCGAAGAGUCCCGAAGAAUAUCCUGAAGGUGACAACGAUCUCAAGAAGAGCACCGCCAAGAGCACGCAAUCCCUCGCCACGAACUGCAAGCUGGGUCAGCGCUUCCCCUCAUACAAGGUCAUCCGCCAAUCGGACGCACGCCUUUGGGAGCUCCACCACAAGCUUCCCUCGAACGGCCGAUUCCGGCUCGUCGUCUUUGGCGGUGACAUCUCUCAACAAGCUCAGCGCGACACGGUCAACGCUCUUGGUGCCUGGCUCACCACCUACCUCCCAAAGUUGCCCACCAUCAAGCUCACGCCUGGCUCAGACCCCCAUAGCGGAUCUAUGAAGUUCAAGACGGACGAGGAUCCUUCAAUCGUGGAUGUCUUGCUGGUGCAUACCGCGCCGCGAGAUCAAGUUGAGCUGUUGAAGGACGUGCAUGAGAUGUACCACCCAUUCGACAGCAAGCUUGGCUGGGAUUAUGACAAGGUUUACGUCGACGGCAAGACGUUCUAUGAGGAGCCGCAGAGAGCGUAUGAGAAGUACGGCAUCGACGAGACGAAGGGUGCGGUGGUUGGUCUUCGACCGGAUGGAUAUGUCGGACUCGUUACCUCGGUUGGCCAUGACGGCCAACAAGAGAUUCAGAACUGGUUCGAUGGGAUCUUCCAGCGUAGCUAA